AUCUGCUCUCUGUCUCUUCCUUCAUCUCCACUGCUCACCAACCUUUCUCGUUUUUAUUGUCCAUUGCACAACUGUAUCUAUCUGUGAAGGAUUUCACACCUGUACCAAGCAUCCUGUAUCCUUAUAGCAUCGCUUAAGACUCUUUAAAUUUGUAUCGCUUCGCAAGAAUUCGCGGUUUGAGUCUACAACGUUCCUAAUCAUGGCCGAGGACGACUUUGACAUCUACGGAGAGGAUCAGCGGGUUGCUCAGAAAGUGAACCAGCCGGUCACGUCCUCGCCCGAUCACAAGACGGGUGAAAAACGACAGAGGGAGGAUGACUCGCUCGGGGAACACCAGACUCGACCUCCCGCAUCGCGGCCCAAUGCCCAGAACGGUAGCAGCACAAUUGGAAGCGGAGGGAAUGGCAUGAACGACGCGUUGUAUCUUAGCGACUUGCAAUGGUGGACUACCGACGAAGACCUUCGGCAGAUUGCAUUGAAUGUCGGAGUCGCUCUUGAUCACAAGGAUAUAACUUUUUCAGAACAUAAAGUUAAUGGGAAGAGUAAAGGGCUUGCUUAUGUGGAAUGUAGCAACUACGACAACGCCGUUGCUAUUAAGAAUUGGUUUGACAAUAACGACUUUCAAAACCGUCGGGCAACCGCCACCUUAGGAUCGUCGAGUAGCGGCAAUCCAUAUCGUACAUUACCAAAAGAGCCUCCUCCGCGUGACAACCGUGUUCCGCAACAGCAACAGCAGCAGACUGCUGGAAAUGUUGGUGUCGGCGCCGGACGUGGUGGCAAUGCGAACUUCCGUGGAGGCAUGAUGAAUGGCGGUGUCAUGCGCGGUGGCAUGGCGAGCGGAAUGAUGCCCGGUGGAAUGCCCAACAUGGGCAUGGCAAACAUGGCGAACAUGGGUAUGACGAACAUGAAUAUGGGCAUGGGAGGCGGCUACAUGGGCGGUGGAUUUGGCGGUCGCGGAGGCAACAUGAUGCCUCGUGGUGGAGGUAUGAUGCGAGGCAUGAUGGGCGGUAUGGGUAUGGGAAUGAUGAAUAACCACCAACGUGGGGGAGGCCCUGGCGCCGUCGGUCAUAUCAAUCCAGCAUUCAUGCAAGGCAACAUUCCGGACGGGCCGAGGAAAAGGGCAAGAUUGGACGGAUAGCAAGGUGUGGGUUGUGGUGCAUUUACCAAGCCUCUUGUUCCUCACAUAUGACUGCUUUGACUGCUGUUCUUUACAUUAUCUCUGCCCAUUCUCGUCAUGCAUAGGUACCUUAGUUUAUACUAAUACAUCUCUCCUCGCAAUAUAUUAUAUUCAUACCACUUCUGUUGUAUAGUUGGGUUGCGCCACUGAAG